AAUAUAUAUGUGGAUGGAUUAUGUUUGAUUAAAUGGACCGGAUUUUAAAACAGUAUGGUUAAAUUAAAUACUCCACAACACACGAUCUGAUACCUGUUGAUUACAAGUUCAAGCACGUGUAAAAAUACCUUGGUGUCAGCUGUUUGUCUGGAGUUUCUAAUCUAUGUCCAACUAGUGCUUUGGCAAUAUAUGAUGGAACAUUGACACGAACGUAAGGUCAACAAAAACUUAAUUCCGAAGAAUCGCGAUACCACAACAGAAAGGUGAUCUUUCUGGGGGCCCUAAUUCUAGUGUUGACGGUGGGAUAUAUCUUGUAUAUCGCCGUGUUCAGAGGUUCUGAUCGAGUAAUUGUUUUUGGGUUUAACUCCUUCAAUCCGGUUUUUGUGCGAUGCUAUUACGAUAUGAACUGGUAAUUAAUUUGCUGGAAAACAUUAGUCAGCCUUUCAGUGCUUUUUAAUGUCAUACGUUAUUAAUAUUCAAGACGGAGAAGAAAUGGCUGCGAGGUGUCGGAUGGGCAACAACUCAACAAGACCAGCCAGUUCCCAGAAUGGUUCCACGCAUGGAUACCACAAAAAGACCUCGGACUCCGGACUCGGGAUAAUAUGGGAAAUUAUCAAUCCGUACUUUCUACAUCAAUGGAUGCCCUAUUUUUUGUUUGCAGAAAUAACGUUUAUGUAUUUUGUUGGUUGUUUCAUUGCGUUACCACAUCUGUACCCAGAAACGGCUUACGUUCAUCAAGUGGUAGGGACUUUUCUACUUUAUCAGAUUGUAGUCAACUGGUGGUUUUUACACAUUACAGAUUCUAGCUUUAAUUCUUCGGAACAUCCCAAAGAAAACCUUGCAAUUGGACCAUAUCCAUUCAAGGUUCCGGAGACUGUCCAAAACAACAAACUGACCCCCAUUAUAGAAGCCCACAUUACGGCAGCCCGAUACCCCUACUGGCAGUGGGCACCAUGUCUGUCCUGCCAGUGGUGGAGACCACCUCGCUGUCAUCACUGCAAACUCUGCGGAAAGUGCAUCCUUAAGAGAGAUCACCACUGCUUCUUCGCGCGCAACUGUAUAGGGCUUAAAAACUUGCGGUAUUUCAUCGUGUUCCUUUUCUAUGCGUGUAUCGUAACUGUUUUCACGAUUUACCAUGGGAUUACCUAUAUAGCGACAUUUUAUUGGUCUGAUAUGUCAUACCUGGACCUUGUCCCUCUACUUUCGUUUCUGAGGUCAACCCUUGGGUCAAACACAACGUUGACCUAUGUAGGAUUAAUUAUCAUUAUGGCGUAUGGACUCUUUGGAUUAGCAUUUUUGAGCUUUAUGCAUUUUAUAGACACGCGUGUUUCCAUUGUGAGAGGAAACACAGCGUUUGAAUUGGAGAAUAAAAUAGAUGUUCAAGAUCCCAGGGAAGUCACGGAGAAGCUCCAGUCCGUGUUUGGACCUCAUUGGCAGUAUGCCUUUAUAUUACCCACCCCUUAUUUCCUCAGUCCAUCCAUCGAAGACCCAUACAACUGGAGCUUCCUGAUUCCGCCCAAAAAGAGGAAGCCUGUGAUUCAGUUAUUGGAUCCAUAACACAACGCCCAUUUAUGUAUGGACGCUAUAAUUUGCUCAAAAGAAACAAACUUAUUCACAUCAGAAGAUAUACCAAAGUUUGUGAUUUUUCUACAAAAAUCACAACGUUCAAAUUACUGUAUUUAUUGUAUUUUGCGGUGGUCGAUAUAAGUUUUCGAUAAAAUGCAUUUUAUUGAUGUUUGAUAGUUCAAUUUUAUUUACCCUUGUUUUACAAUAAAAUUGAAAAAUGA